GGCAGCCGCCCGCCGCCGGGCGGAGCCGCGGGCAGAGCGGGGAACUCGCUGAGGCGACUGCCCCAUCGCUUGCCGCCUUCUGUCCGCCGCCCGCCGCCCGCCGCCCGCCGGGGGCUCUCCGGCCUCGCCAUGCAGCCGUGGGGCGCCGCCCUCGCCCUGCUCCUGGCCGCGCUCGCCCUGCUCGGCCUGCUCGCCCCAAGUCUGCGACGCCUGGGGAGGCGCGCCGUCGGAGCCAGGACCCUGCUGGGGGCUCGGACCCCGGACGACGAGGAGGAGGUGGACAGCGGAGGCCCGGCGGACCAGUUCAGUAACGAGCGCGAGCCGCUGCCCGGCGGAUGCAGGCUCAUCUGUAAGCCGUCGGCGCUGGCGCAGUGCUUGCUGCGCGCCCUGCGACGCUCGGCAGCCCUGGAGCCGGGCCCGCGCUCCUGGCUCUCUGGGCCCCACCUGCAGACCCUCUGCCACUUCGUGUUGCCCGUGGGGACCGGGCCUGAGCUGGCCCGGGAGUACCUGCAGUUACCGGACGACGGGCUGGUGGCCCUGGACUGGGUCGUGGGACCUUGCGCCCGGGGCCGCCGAGUCACCAACGCCGGGAGCCUUCCGGCGGUGCUGCUAGUGAUCCCCAAUGCGUGGGGGCGCCUCACCCGCAACGUGCUCGGCCUCUGUCUGCUCGCCCUAGAGCGCGGCUACUACCCGGUCAUCUUCCACCGCCGCGGCCACCACGGCUGCCCUCUGGUCAGCCCCCGGCUGCAGCCUUUCGGGGACCCGUCCGAUCUCAAGGAGGCGGUAACUUACAUCCGCUUCCGACACCCCGCGGCCCCGCUGUUUGCGGUGAGCGAGGGCUCGGGCUCGGGGCUGCUGCUGUCCUACCUGGGCGAGUGCGGCUCCUCCAGCUACGUGACGGGAGCCGCCUGCAUCUCGCCGGUGCUGCGCUGCCGCGAGUGGUUUGAGGCCGGCCUGCCCUGGCCCUACGAGCGGGGCUUUCUGCUCCAUCAGAAGAUCGCACUCAGCAGGUACGCCACAGCCCUGGAGGACACGGUGGACAUCCGCAAACUGUUCAGGAGCUGCUCCCUGCGAGAGUUUGAGGAGACCCUCUUCUGCCACACCAAGAACUUCCCCAUCAGCUGGGACACCUACUGGGACCACAAUGACCCCCUCCGGGAUGUGGACGAGGCGGCCGUACCUGUACUGUGCAUCUGUAGUACUGACGACCCUGUGUGUGGGCCCCCAGACCUCUUUCUCCCCACUGAACUCUUUCACAACAACCCCUACUUCUUCCUCCUGCUCAGUCACUACGGAGGCCACUGUGGCUUCCUGCGCCAUGAGCCCUUGCCAGCAUGGAGCCAUGAGGUCAUCUUGGAGUACUUCCGGGCCUUGACUGACUUUUUCCGAACAGAAGAGAGGCUGAAAGGGUUGAGCAGGCACCGAGCUUCAUUGCUAGGGGGCCGGCGUCGCUGGGGAACCCUGCAGAAGCGGGAGGUCUCUCCCUCUGCCAGUCUGGAGGAGAUCUUUAGCUGGAAGCGAUCAUACACAAGGUGAAACCUGGACAGAGACCCCCCCACCCUGUCCCCAUUUUGCAAAGAACAGAGCUGAGCUUGGCAGAGUCCUGAAAAAGUGGUAGGGACUGAAUGGAGCAAGCAGCUCCAGCUCUUUGCCGCUGAUUCAGCCCCUUCUUCUGUUCCGGUUUGUGGAAAGAGACAGAACUUCCAGCUAGCUGCCACUUACUUUACCCCAAGCCUGCCCAGGCUUUCCUCAAUACAUUUUUGCUCAUCCUGGUCAGCAGCUGAACAUCACUGUCUCCUAUGACCAACCUCAUACGCCAAAGAUUAGCACCAUUUGAACCCAUGGACUCAGGAUAAAAUGCUCUCCCCCUAGCAAUGACUACAGAGAGGAUGAGUUUCUGUGUGUCACUGGGCAGCUCUGUGACCCUGCCUCUCAAGUUGGAGCCACUCAGUGUAGUGAAGACAGGAUGUUUGUGUCUGGGUCCCACUUCCCUCAUUUCAUUGUGCGGUUGUGCCAUUCUGCUGACUGCAUGCGGUGGCAGCAGUGAAAGUGGGCUGUGUCUGUCUUGUGUGGGUACGGGAAAGGUGGCAGAGGCAGUAAGUGCAGUGCCAAGACGGAGUCGGUGAGCCCCAAGGUAGAGAUUGUGACUGCGUGUCUAGAAUACAAGGGUCCAGCCUUCCAGACA